AUGGAGGUUGAUCGGCCGGUGGAGACUGCCCAGCCAGCGACGCAUUUCAAUGGCGCUGUUGCGGCAAAAUCCGCCCGCACUGAGUUAGUUCCCACCACGGUCGAUGCUGCUCAACUUCGGCGGCGGAAAGAAGCAGAGAAGGAGUAUGGUAGAGGCCGAAAGAUCCCUGUGAAGAACAUCAGGGACAAGAAAUUACGAAGCAAUUUAAAAGCGUUGGAAAAUAAAUACACGACUGCCACCCUGCGACUGAAAGACUCGGAGAUUCUGCAUGAAAAUACAGGCGGUUUCUUGGAGCCCGAGACUCCUCUAGAGCGAACCUACAAAGUUCGACAAGAUGAUAUAUUACCAGAUGUUCCAAUCGAAGCUGCGAAGAAAAGAUUCGAUUUGAAGCUAGACGCGCUAGGACCAUACGUUUGUGAUUAUACGAGGAACGGCCGACAUCUCUUGCUUGCUGGUAGGAAAGGCCAUGUUGCGACUAUGGACUGGCGGGACGGGAAGCUGGGUUGUGAGUUGCAGCUAGGAGAAACAGUACGGGAUGCUCGAUGGCUGCACAACAAUCAACUAUUUGCCGUUGCACAGAAGAAGUACGUUUACAUCUACGAUUCGGCUGGAGUAGAAUUACAUUGCUUAAAGAAGCAUAUCGAGGUGACGAAUAUGGAGUUUCUGCCCUAUCACUAUCUCCUAGCAACUGUUGGCAACGCCGGCUACUUAAAAUAUCAAGAUAUCUCGACAGGUCAGUUAGUCAUGGAGAUACCUACCCAUCUUGGUUCUCCCACAUCUCUCGCCCAGAACCCGCGGAACGCCAUCCUCCACAUGGGCCACCAGAACGGAACAGUCACACUUUGGUCGCCGAACUCUACAACGCCUCUUGUGAAACUUUUAGCGCAUCGGGGGCCAGUACGAUCGCUUGCAAUUGACCGAGAAGGUAGAUAUAUGGUGUCCACCGGCCAGGACCUGAAGAUGGCUGUCUGGGACAUCCGUAUGUUCAAGGAAGUAAAUAGUUACUUUACAAGACAACCCGCAUCGUCUGUGGCGAUAUCAGACCGGGGAUUGACAGCUGUUGGCUGGGGUACCCAGACAUCAAUUUGGCGAGGUCUCUUCACAAAAUCCUCUUUGGAGCAAGAGAAGAUCCAAAGUCCAUAUAUGGCGUGGGCCGGCGAUGGGAAGAGAAUAGAACGAGUGAAGUGGUGUCCGUAUGAGGAUCUCCUGGGAGUUUCUCACAGCGAAGGCUUUUCCUCAAUUAUCGUUCCAGGAGCUGGAGAGCCCAACUUCGACGCUCUAGAAGCCAACCCAUACGAGAAUACCAAGCAACGCCAGGAGGCAGAAGUCAAGUCGCUGCUCAACAAAUUGCAGCCUGAGAUGAUUUCGCUGAAUCCUGAUUACAUUGGAAAUCUGGACCUCCUUUCUGCAGAACAGCGGAAAGCAGAGAAGGAUUUGGACCAGAAGCCCAAAGACCCUAUUGCGGAUAUCAAGAAUAGGGGUAGAGGCAAAAACAGCUCUUUGAGGAAGUAUCUGAGGAAGAAGGGGUCAAGAAAUAUUAUUGACGAGCGACGAUUAAGGAUCGAGGAGCUAAGAAAAAGCCAGAACGAAAAGCAGCAGAAGAAGUUGAAGGAAACAGAAGCAGAGCUUGGUCCUGCAUUGGGCCGGUUUGCUCGAAAGGGGGCGUGA